AUGUGGCGCGCCGGGGGGGCAGCGCUACAUCAUUCGGCGGCCGCCCAAGUCACACGGAGUGUGACGGCCGUCAAGCCACCAGCCCCCUCGACCGGAACAGCCAGCGCUGUUCAGGCCCCCUCAAAGGAGGAACAGCAGAACCUCGGGCCUGUUGAACCCAUGGCCACUGCGCAAAAGAGCACAGGAAUUGUCAUCUGUGCCUGGAAUGACAACCGCACAGUGACAGCUGCAUCAAACAUCCACAGCACUGAACCUUUUGAUACAUGCAGGCGCUACGACAGAAAGACCAAGACUUAUGUGGAUGUGCAGAGGCCCAACAUCAUUAGGGAGUACAACCAGAGCAUGGGUGGAGUAGACAAAGCAGAUAUGCUUCUGUCAUUUUACAGAAAUGAUUUGAAAACAAAGAAGUGGUACAAAAGGAUAUGCUUUCACCUUAUCGAUCUUGCGGUUGUGAACGCUUUUCUGCUUUACCGCGAAGCGAAUUCGGCAGAUAUGCAGCUGGUUGACUUCAAGUUCCGGGUGGCACUUGGAUUGAUGCGCUCACUUGAGGGCAUGCCCGGAUUGAACCUGGAUGGUGAUGCCCCGCAGGGUGUCUGCGCAUCAGGCUCAGCAGCUGGAGUUGUUUCAAAGAAAGCCCAUCAUGCCGAACAUUCUGUGCGGCACGACAAUGUUGGCCAUUGGCCAGUGAAAGUGGUGCAAAAGAACGCCCCCAUGUGCAAGUUAAGCUCAUACACCAGGCGCACAAGGUUCUUUUGCAAAAAGUGUUCUGUGUAUUUGUGCGUUGAUGCACAAAAAAUCAACUGUUUUGAGAAAUUUCAUGCAUCCUAAAUUUUCGGGGAAUUUCUACCCCCCACUCCUAGCUGCAACAUUUGUGGCAUAAUAAAAUUUCCUAUAAAAUGAAGA